AUGGGGGAUUGUAAGCGCGAAAAGGGGUUGACCCUACGCACAGCAACCCUAGAUGACCUGGAAGACAUUGCGACUAUAGCCCAGAAGGGAUUUCCAGAUGAUCCAGAGUUUAAUUAUCGAUUCCCACACAGAUUUGAGUGUCCGGAAGACAACCGAAGAUGGAUUUUGCAGGAAUAUAGAGAGUAUCUUGACCAACCUGACAAAUAUGCAGUUAUUAUUGUUACAGCGGAUGACAACGACGACAAGGCCAUUGCUCUCUCUGUCUGGGAUCUCUCCAUCAGUAAAGCUCAUAAAGGAGGUGAUCUUGGUGUCCCCGACGAUCUAGAUGAGAAGCCCCGACGAAGGGACGUGGAUGCUACCCAUUUCAGGGCAUUCAAGCAGCGUAUGGAUGAAGGGUUCCAGACCUUCUUCGGUAGAUACGGCGACGGCCAGAUCCACUUAUGGCUGCUAGCCACUCACCCGGAUUUCCGGCGGAGGGGAGCUGGAACAAGGCUCUGCGAGUGGGGGAUCCAGCAGGCAUCGCAAUCGUCCGUGUACGCCACCGUGCUCGCGAGCCCUAUGGGGAAGAGGCUCUACGAAGGGCUGAGGUUCACCAAUUGCGGCUCGUUUUUCGUCCAGGCAGAUGACGAAGCCGAGAAACUCGAAAUUUGGGCAAUGACUUAUUCCAGGCCUGGAUGGCCCUGGAAUCUUUGCCCCUGGCUUCUCCGUCGCUGUCGCUUUGGUCUAUCUGAGGCUUACGAUGGUUGGAACGAGUACUGGAAUCCACAAGCCAACAUAUUCAUCGGCUGCUCCGAGAUCGUUCCUCUGUCCUACAAUCAGUAUCUCUGCCUGGUACCGGCCCCAGCAAACGUUCUUCAUAGCGACAUCAAGUCUGCCCACCUUUUCUUCGUGUAUACCUUCUCAGAACUCGAAACUCCCGUACGUCGUCUUUGCCAAAGCUUGAUUGCUAUUGGCACUUUAGCUAUCCCCACCAAACGAGGAAUUAUGCGCACGUCAACAACGAACAUGUCUCGAAAUUCCGAAUCGACGACUGACAAUAACCGGCCCGAGAUCUAUAGACCCAAAGUCAAAUACGAGUCGCCGUUAAUGAGAUACUUGUCCGACUUCACAGAUGCUCCUAUAACCGAGAAACUUAACCAGAUAAUGAGACCCGCCCAGGGAUCUCACAGUGUACGCAAGAAUAAUCAAGCACGAGAAUGGUACUAG